AAUGUAAAGCUGCCACGUCCCUCGGAGUCAAGGGACGUGGCAGCUUUACAUUACAAUAGCAUUUUCGAGGGACGUGGCAGCUUUACAUUACAAUAGCAUUUUCUAUAUACCAUGCAUGAGUUCUUAACCCAAAUAAGGACUAUUGAGUUAUCUCGUCUUGCCAUUUAAGGUCCCCCCUUUGUCCAUUGUAUUGCUGGUAUAUUAAUGGAUAUUUCAUUGUAAUGACUGUGAAUUUCGUAGGUGUGAAUGCAGCCUGACUUGGCCGCCUGUCCUUCAUGCUAACGUUAGUUUCAUAGUGCUAUAUCUAACUUCAAUAAAUAUACACAUCUCUCGUUAAUAUUUCGUCAACCAUGUCAAUGGUCAAGCGAAAACAGACGUGUCAACAGAAUUCAACGUAUCGUGUAUUAUCAGUUAUGGCGGAUUACCUAUGUAUGACCAGAUACGGUCUACAAUUAUUCUAAAACUAAAUGCCAACAUUUUCAGCGACAGUACAGUGAAUGUUUUCUAAGAUGGAGGGCAUUCAAGAAUCAGAAGAUAAAUGGAAAUACGUCAUCGUUUUGAGUAAAUUCAUCGUCCAGUUCGUUGAGGUAGCUACGAUGAAGUCGCUAGGAGUUUUGAUUCCAACGAUGCUAAUUGUGUUUUCCACGGACGCAUCGUCUUUGGGCCUAGUGUGUAGCAUGCCCACGGCGGUGAUGUUGUUUGGAUCUUUACCCGUGGCGUAUGUACUGAAGAGUAGUUGCGUAUCUGUUCGUGUUAUGGCGGUUAUUGGAGCUAUCCUGGCAUCGUCAGGAAUCAUCAUAGCUGGCUAUCUGACUUCGGUAACUGCUCUUGGAUUCUGUCUUGCUUUAACAGGAUUUGGACUGUCGAUGGGAUAUCUACCAACCAAGGUCUUACUCAACGAUUACUUUCAGGGAAGGUUCGUACUUAUGAACGCCAUAGGCAACCUCGGAAGCACUGCCGGUGCAUUACUGGUUCCGGUCAUCAUCGAGCGGGCGCUAGACGCCUAUGGAUUUAGUGGCUCCAUGCUCAUCCUUGGAGGUAUCAGCAUGCAUGCUAUUGCAGCCAGUUGUGCUCUUAGGUCUGCCAGAACAGGUAAGCGAGGUUAUCAGAAAUCCACAAAGACACAGAAACAAGGAAACAGUUGGGAAGAACCGUUAAUUGAUCCAGAUGAUGACGGUGAUGGAGAAGACUUGAUGAUGACUACAAUGGAUGAAGAGCGAUAUAGGUCAGAUGACGUUUCAUCAUCAAGAGCAACCUCGAAAAAUCGCGAAGAUCGGGGCUGGACAGUUCGAUUAUAUCGGUGGCUUCGGGAUUCCAUUAUCAUCCGGGAACCACUUUUACUUAUUUCACUGCCCUGUCUCUUUUUCGCAUCAGUCGUAGUACAGUCAUGGAUUCUAUUCCUUGUUCCAAGAGCGGUAUGGCACGGGAUUCCGAUAUCAAGAGCUGUAUUGUUGUCGUCUAUUGCUGGUGGAGGUGGCAUUCUAGGACGGAUUUUAUGUGUUACAGUUCUCUUCUUCCAAUUUGACUUCAUAUUUUUUUUCCUGAUUGUGGGCAUUGUGUCAUCAACUACCUUCUUAUUCGAUCCGUUGAUAACAUCCUUUCCCACUAUGUGUGCCACAGCAUUUAUCCAGGGGAUGUGUAUCUUCAGCUUUGGAAUAUCUUCGGCUGCUUUUAUCAAGGGGUCUGUGUCCAAUGAAAAUUUCACCGUUGCAUCAGGGAUUUUUGGUUUUAUGUACGGCGUCGGAGGAAGUGUUGGAAGUCUACUUUCGGGUCUGAUCAAGGACAAAACUGGGUCUUACACAGCAGUAUUUCUAACUCUUGGCGCCAUUAACUGCUUAAUCGUCAUCCUCACCUUUGCAUUCUUGAUUGCUCGACGGAGAUGGGCUGUAGUUCGUAAAUAAAAGAGAAAAUCCAGACAAAUCAUCAAGAAUUUGAUCAUCAUAAUUAUUUUUUCGACUACUGUCAAACCAUCAUGAUACAUCGUGAACUCAAUCCAUGUGUGUGUGGUAAAAGAAGAUGGAGUUAAAUGUCUCUGUCCUUCAGUAUAGACGGUUGGUUUCUAAAAAAACAUUUUAAAUUGUGUUUGCAACAUAUUUAAAACUGAAUUUACCUUCUGUCUGCAUUGAACAGUAGUUAUAGUAUAGACCUCAUACCUAUUUGACCUUUGACCCGGUCAGCCAUGACCUUUGACCACAUGACCUUUGACCCGGUCAGCCAUGACCUUUGACCACAUGAACUUUAGCCCGGUCAGCCGUGACCUUUGACCCGGUCAGCCAUGCCCUUUGACCACAUGACCUUGAAAAUAAUGUGGAAAACACAAUAGGCACAGUUUGAUGCAUGUAUCACAUACCCAUGACAAUUAAUAGCCACGCUUUGACUGUGUGAUCUGACUUCGUCAGUAGAAAGUUUUCGCACUGCGUCACAGAACGAAUCCUAGGACACAGCAAAUGCAUUGUAAAUGUUAGUCAAAUCGUAAUGAAUAGUUGUGAGGUCUUUGUCGAAAAUUGGCGAAUCGGAUCAGCAGUUCCGUCCUCCGUUUCAGAGCUAACGGAAAAUUGUAAUUAUGUCGUUUGACCAUGCAGAAUCCAGACGAAACUUUUUUUUUCUUGUUUGCUCUUUUUCUUGAAGGGCAUUUGACAAUACAUUCCCUAUGUGCCCAAAUCGUUCUGCGUCACAGUUGCGAAAACUCUCUUCUAUGUAAUAACGAACUCUGCGUCCACCUAGUAUCCAGCAUAAUUUUUCAAUGUAUCGUCAAUAUCCUCAAUCAAUAACUCAUUUUAUAUGACAACUAGAUAAAUCCUUGUCAUUUGAUUGGCUGUUUGAUAUCGGUCAUUCAGCCCAUUUUACAAUGACGUUAUCAACCGUGCAAUUUUUGAUCCAUUCAUCGUGCAAUUUUGGAUCCAUAUGAUUUUUCCACUGCACGCGCGCACCCUGACUGCAGGUACCACAAGUAAAACCAUUCGUGUUUGCAGCACGGGUGUUGUAUUUACGCGGCAAUCAACAGACCGAGCUCACACUGCAUAAACAUACUUAUUUUGCACCGAAUUUCAUAAAUUUCAUAAAAAAUAUAUUUUUUUAGGUGUCAUAUGAAUGUUCUCAUCAUUCGUGCAAUUAACAAAAUACUUCAUUCGGUAAAAGAUUAAAUGAAUGAUCCAUUCAUCUUUCACCUCAUGAAGUAUUCUUUCCAUUGCACUCAUGGUCAUAAACGGUCAUUAUUAGUAUUAUGUUUAACAUGUUUAAUAUAACAACUUGUUUUUAAAAUGUGGUGUAAUGCAGAUCAUAUUUUUGUUGCGUAUACUAUAAAAUUGAAUUCUAAAAUAAAAGAAGGUGAUGAUUCCAG